GAGUCAGCGGAAAGGGAAGCAAGAGAUUUUGACGGUUAUAUAGAAUAAUUGUUUGCCUUAGAUUAAGAUGGAGAUAGCGGAAGAUCACCUGUGGAGAGUGUGUUAGAUAUGCAUCAGAAAGUGGUUGAUUGAAUAGAUACUCUCGGGCUAUAUUUAGAGCAAAUAUGAGUAAGUACCCUGUAUUACCUUCUCUUUACACAGAUUCAUCUUUGUAGAGUUGGCAUAUCUACCUGAACUAAAAUAUAAUCUGAAGACAAGAAACUUCAAGGCUUUUGGACUUCAAUGAAGAAUUGACAAUAUCAGAUUUUCCAAUUGAAGAGAGGGAACGUGAUCCAGAGAAUGAAUCAUGGCACACACAAUAGAAUGGAUUAGAUUCCGCUUCCAGGGACAGAGGAGAAGCAGCCUCUCUGAAACAACGCCAUUGUUGUCAUCUCCGCCUUUGAAUUCCCCCGCCAAAGGUCAACGAUCGCCCACUUUAACUAAGCAAAGAAUUAUCAUUCCAAAUAAUAGAAUGCUCAGCAAGGACUUGGAAAGGCAAAUGAGAAACUAUACGAGCAACAAAAUCACCACGAGAAAAUACACCAUCAUCAACUUUCUUCCAAAGAACUUUAUUGAACAGUGUAAGAGAUUUGCCAAUGUCUACUUCCUGUUGCUGGCCUUUCUGAACUGGAUCCCAUCCAUUGAGGUGUUCCAUAAAGAGAUAACCAUGUUACCCAUAAUAAUUGUAAUGUCUGUUACUGCAAUUAAAGAUGGAGUUGAGGAUUUCAAACGAUACCAAUUCGAUAAAAAGAUAAACGAAACAAUGACAAGGGUAUUUGAUUGGAAACAGCGACGCUAUGUUGAGAAGUACUGGAAAGAUGUGUAUGUGGGUGACUUUGUGCUAUUAUCCUGCAAUGAAAUUAUUCCAGCUGAUAUCCUCCUGUUGCAUUCAUCAGAACAAAAUGGCAUCUGCUACAUUGAGACGUCAAACCUCGAUGGAGAAACUAACCUCAAGCAAAGACUCGCGGUGAAAGGGUUUUCAAAUCCGGACUCUGAAUUUGAACCAAUGAACUUCAACAACACCAUCGUCUGUGAAAAUCCCAACAAUGACCUCAAUAAAUUUAAAGGCUUUGUAAAUAAAUCUGAAGAAAAGAUUGGGUUUGAUAAAGAGAGUCUCUUAAUUCGAGGCUGCACUAUCCGGAAUACAAAUGUCACUGUGGGAAUAGUUGUGUAUGCAGGUCAUGAGACCAAAGCAAUGCUCAAUAAUAAUGGACCUCGCUCGAAGCAGAGCAAGUUGGAGCGAAAAAUGAACGUGGAUGUCGUCUGGUGUAUGAUCCUCAUGGUGGUCAUGUGCCUCGUAGGAGCAAUAGGUCAUAGAAUUUGGGUUGGAAACUUCAACUCUUGGCCUCCAUUUGAACUCCCAGAGCAGAGUUUCAGCUUCAUUGCAUCUGCUGCAUCUUUGCUCCACACAUUUCUGACGAUGGUGAUAUUAUUGCAGGUCUUAAUCCCCAUCUCUUUGUACGUUUCCAUUGAGCUGGCAAAGUUGGGACAGAUAUUCUUCAUAUGCAACGAUGUUGAGCUGUAUGAUGAAAGAACCGGUACACGUCUGGAGUGCCGAGCUUUGAACAUCACUGAGGACCUUGGCCAGAUACAGUACAUCUUCUCUGAUAAGACAGGGACCCUCACCGAAAACAAGAUGGCCUUUCGUCUCUGCACCAUUAUGGGCACAGAAUACCAGCACGACAAAAAUACUGAGCGUUUAUCUACGCGUACACAGACGGCCAUCUCGGAUGAGGAAGGGCCACUGUUGGAGGGAUCUGUCUCCAUCAACAACCCCCAGAAUGGUGCGUCAGAUCAUCGGCAGAAGAGUCCAAUGCUUACGGGGCAACCACAAAGCAUCUUGUCCAGGCAGCAACGCACCGAUUGUACAAGUCAGACAAAGUCAAUGAUGCACUGUGGUCCAUCCCAGAGAGGGACCUGGAACAACUCGAUUGAGAAAGAUAUCGUGCCUGAUGAAGGCCUGCUGAAGAGAAUUCGAGGUGCCGUUGCCCAUAUGGAGUCACCGACUCAACUAAACGCUGGCACUGGUUUGGAAAGUGCUUGCAUCAUCGAUUUUUUUCUAGCUUUGACAAUGUGCAACACGGUUAUGGUUUCCACAGCAACGCAACCAAGGCAACCAGUGCCGACUUCUUCAUUGUCAAAAUCUUCAACGGAGCCCUUGUCAAAGAUGCACCAGGUCCUUCAGAAGUUGAAGACGGCUCGCAAGACUUCCACGUGCCUGCCAAGUCAUCCCAGCUCUUGUAGUCCAGGGAGUUUGUGCAAUGAGCCACUGCUGUCGCCCAACGUUAGUCCAAGUUCUUCCUGUGACGCUGGGAAUGCAGAAGGCGAUGUUGGCUCUGGAGCAGACGGCAUCGAUAAUCUAAGUGUAACAGCUGAAGCCGGUCGCAACAUUGGUGGAGAAGGUGAGGAUAUCGUGGAUGAAGACAUUUACUAUGAAGCUGAAAGUCCAGAUGAGGCAGCUCUUGUACACGCUGCUCGAGCGUAUAGUUUCACGUUAUUUUCCCGGACCCCUGACCAAGUGACCAUCAAGCUCCCUCACGGGGGUCUCCUGAGUUUUGAACUGUUGCAUACUUUAGCCUUUGAUUCAACACGGAAGAGGAUGUCAGUAAUUGUUAAGCACCCCCUCACUAAAGAGAUUGUUGUGUACACCAAGGGAGCAGAUUCUGUCAUCAUGGAUCUACUGGAACAUGUGGGAAAAGAUGACCUUGAAGAGCAAGAGAAGCACAGAAGAAUAACUGAAGAAACACAAAGGCAUUUGGAUCGAUAUGCGAGCAGUGGUCUGAGAACGCUAUGCGUUGCAAAGAAGGUCUUGACCGAUGGUGAAUAUGUAAAAUGGGCCCGUUUACGGCACGAGGCAGAGACGAGUAUUGAGCAGCGGGAACCAUUGAUGAUGGAAACGGCACUACGACUGGAAACAAAUUUAAAGUUGUUGGGUGCGACGGCGGUGGAAGACUGCCUUCAGGAUGGCGUCCCAAGCACAAUUGCAGCGUUUCGUGAAGCUGGCAUAGUGACCUGGGUUCUAACGGGGGACAAACAAGAAACCGCUGUGUACAUUGCAUAUGCCUGUAAGCUUCUGCAUCCAAACGACGUGAUCUUCACUCUAAAUAGUGAACACCAGGACAUCUGUGAAGCGUUGCUAGAUUGCAUCUUGGAUGAAGUGGGAAAGUAUAAUGGACUAGAUUGCGCUACUUCCAAACUGACUGCCAUUUUUGCGCCCACGUCUUCAAGCCCGUUGAAGCCCAGUUUUGGUUUGGUCAUUGAUGGAAAGACCUUGAGUGUGAUCUUCCAGGGGAACCUGCAGAAGAAGUUUCUAGAGGUGGCAAAAUGUUGUCAAUCUGUGGUGUGUUGUCGUUCUACUCCACGGCAGAAAAGCAUGGUGGUCGAGUUAGUCCGGGACCGUCUGAAGGCCAUGACCUUGGCAAUAGGUGAUGGGUCGAAUGAUGUCAGUAUGAUCCAAGCUGCUGAUGUGGGCAUUGGGAUUACAGGUCAAGAAGGAAUGCAGGCAGUGAUGGCGAGUGAUUUUGCAAUCUCUCAUUUUAAAUACCUCAGAAAGUUGUUGUUGGUUCAUGGUCACUGGUGCCACAGACGCUUGGCUAAUAUGAUCAUUUACUACUUCUACAAGAAUGUGGCCUAUGUGAAUCUACUCUUCUGGUACCAGUUCUAUUGCGGGUUUAGUGGAUCUUCGAUGAUUGACUAUUGGCUGAUGAUUUUCUUCAACCUCCUCUUCACCUCCCUUCCUCCAUUAACAUGUGGGAUACUGGAUAAGGACGUUUCUGCAGAGAUGCUAUUAGAGUUUCCUGAACUGUACAGAAGCUGUCAGCGGUCGGGGGCUUACAAUCACUGGAGUUUCUGGAUCACGAUGCUGGAUGCUUUUUAUCAAAGUCUUGUCUGUUUUUUUGUUCCAUACUUUACAUAUCAAGGCUCGAAUAUUGAUAUCUUCACAUUUGGAACGCCAAUGAAUACCCUGUCCCUCUUCACAAUCCUAGCCCACCUCGCCAUCGAAACCAAAACCUGGACAUGGCUGCAUUGGGUGUCCACGAUCGGAAGUAUUGCAUUCUACUUUCUGAUUACACUGGUUUAUAGUGCCGUCUGCGUCACCUGCAACAGUCCGUCAGAUCCAUAUUGGAUCAUACAACGUCAGAUGACUGACCCACUCUUCUACCUGGUCUGCCUCAUCACACCAAUCCUAGCCCUCUUACCCAGGUACCUCAUUCGUAGUCUGCAAGGCACCUUAUUCUCAUCUCCCCUUCUCAAAGCUCGGCAACUGGACAAUUUAGACAAAGUGCAACAGUUUCAGGCCAUAAGGGUUUGGAAAGGCCUCGACAACUCAGGGAAUGAUAUGCCAAAUUUAACAGAGUCUACUGAUCAAUCAAGAGAGGAACAUGCCAAUAAUCCUUCUGCUGUAACAAGUAAUCCUGCUUCUCAGUUUGUGUCUGUCCCAGUGGGAAUAGCAGAAAUCCGAAGUUCAGUCAAUCGUGUCUGAAAUUUAACAGUCAUCGGCUCACAAUUGACCUCGAAAUAAAACCCACUGAGGGCUGUGGUGAAUCAAUUCAAUUAGAAUCCACUUCAGAAUUCAACGGGGUUGCGCCUCGUUUGUGUUAAGCGUUGAUUUUUAUUUUCCCUUUGAAGACCGUUCGUGCCCGAAAGCCUUGAAGGCAGACCUUUGUGGGAAGUAAAGUUGAUGAAUUGGACAAAAAAAACUGCCAAAGCUUCGGAAGAUGCACAAAAAUGCUGGAGAAACUCAGCGGGUGCAGCAGCAUCUAUGGAGCGAAGGAAAUAGGCAACGUUUCGGGCCGAAACCUUUCUUCAGACUGAUUUGGAAGAUCUGGGAAUCCAUCAGCUACACUACUUCUGCUGGGCAACUUGAACAAAGAGUUUAAUUGUGGAAAGUUGAGCAAGAACAUAACGAAUAUUGCGAGACUCCCAUUACUGAGAGGCUGAUAAUUCUCUGAAGGAUUGUUCAGCCUCUCAAUGCAGGGACUUCACUGCUAGGUCUCUUGCCUCUCGCAUAAGUGAGACAACCUGAGAUUAAAUACCAAACAACCUUUAUUUACAUUGAACUGUUACCAUUUUUGGACCUUCGUGACUGUUUUUAAAAACAUAUUUGUAUGAACUGAAGAUAGACACAAAAAAGCUGGAGUAACUCAGCGGGACAGGCAGCAUCUCUGGAGA